GUUAAAAAGUCAAGGAUAAAGUAUCGAAUUAGAGUCUAACUAGACCAUUUAACAAGUUUUAAGUUGCCCAUAACCAUCCUGGCUCCGCCCCUGCAUAGGAGGUUUCUUCAUGUACACCACUUCCUGAAGAUCAUCAUGAAGGAAAAGCAUUUUUAAAAAUGUUCGGCUGCUUUUGAUGGAUGUAUAGAUGUAAGAAUUUUGCAACUGGAAAGGAACUCAUUUUAUUGUGUCGUGCAGAUGUUAAAUCUGAUUACUGCAAUGACUUUGACUUGCGGAAGCCGCUGGAAAGGCAUUUUCUUAGCAGACAACGUAUAGAUAGCAUAAGCCUUCAAGAUUCUCCAAAUCUUGCUACUUUUCGUGAUCGUUGUUCGUUGUUCUUAGCUCAACUUCCGAGAUACGAUGGAAACAUUACAUGUGCAGGGCGUAUUGCCAUCCAAUCAUUAUGUGCUCCACAAUGUGAAUUUUCCAACAUGGAAUGGGAUAUACUUUCCUUUAUCAGAUCUUUGAAAGGCCUGGUCCGAUCUUCAAAUGCUGUUGCUUUUAUGACCUUUCCACCUUCACUUGUUUCACCAUCUUUCUCAAAGAGAUUGCAGCAUUUGGCCGACACCUUGCUGUCUGUCAGAGCAAUUCCAGACGAGGACAAGGAAUUGGCAAAACUCCUCACUGGUUACCAGGAUAUGGUUGGCCUUCUCAGUGUACACAAAGUGGCACGCAUCAAUACACAGGUUCCUGUAAUUCUAGAGGCAUCCACAUUCUCCAUUAAGCUGCAGAAGCGGAGGUCAUUAGUUCUAGAAUGUUUAAAUCAAGCUCCCGUGGAUGGUUCAAGUGGGAGUUCGUAUGGCUCUUCCAGUAGUUGUUCUGGGUCUUCUAAGACCCACAUAGAUUUUUAGAUGCUGGGUCAGUUCCAUGGCUGAAGUUUGUCUCCUGACCACAUCAAUUCAAAACGCCACACUGACCCUGGAAGCAUGAAGUGCAGUUGAUUUUCAAAUGCCACAACUUAAUGGAUUCCAAUGAGGAUGCUCUGGGCUUUGGUUUAUGAUCAUUUUGAAUCGGCCAACAAGUGCACAUUGCAAAAUUCAUGAAGAAAAAGGUUUACAUGGCAGAAAUGAAAAUUUCUGUCAAGUUUCUUUCCUUUUGUUGUUGUCGUUCUUGGUGACACUAGGAUAAAGAGAGCUGGUGUAGAAAGAAACUUUAAAGAUUGGCUUUUUUAAUUUUUUUGGUCAGGGCUUUGUUUUUUAAAUAAAUUAAAAAUAUAUUCAUAUUGUCUUUUUAAGUUUGGUGACUUUGAUAGCAUCAGUAUGCAAUCAAUUCUGAUCAAGCAUUGUCAA